CUUCGCCACUUUGCUCUCUCUCUCUCUCUCUCUCUCUCUCUCUCUCUCUCUCUCUCUCUCUCCUUCUUCUUCCUCUUCUUCUUCUCGGGAAAAGAUCGAAGCACGAAAUCAUGUCGUUCCGAAUGAAGAAUGCAUCUUCUGGCAUGGGAGUAGCUGACCACAGCAGAGACACUUUUGUGGAGCUGCAGAGGAAGAAGCUGCACCGCUAUGUAAUAUAUAAGAUUGAUGAAAACAAAAAGGAGGUUGUUGUAGAGAAGACUGGGGCACCGGGUGAGACUUAUGAUGAUCUCACUGCUUCGCUGCCUGAGGAUGAUUGCAGAUAUGCUGUAUACGACCUUGAUUUUGUGACUGAAGAGAACUGUCAGAAGAGCAAGAUAUUUUUCAUUGCAUGGUCUCCGUCAACCUCCCGCAUCCGCGCCAAGAUGCUAUAUGCCACAUCAAAGAGUAGAUUCCGCCAUGAGCUCGAUGGCGUUCAUUAUGAGAUCCAGGCUACUGACCCCUCGGAGAUGGACUUGGACAUUCUCAGAGAGCGAGCGAAUUAAGACUAUAAGAAAAUAUGCAUCAUGUGCAAUAUCUACUUCUAGGUUGUCUAGUACUUUAUGUCGUCAUGAAAAAUAGUUACUUGUUUAAGAAGAUCAUUAGUUUUAUGGCAUCUGACCUUGUUUUACUAUAAAUUAAUUUUUCCUUUGAGUGGAGUGCUACUUUAGUUGUGAUUUUGAGAUGACUAAUGUAUGAAAUACAGUGCAAAUCAAGCAUCUCCUUUUCUCCUCA